AUGACGUUGAUGUGGAUGGAGCGGGCGUUUCCGGAGCUCCGCUGCAUCACCCUCACGAGGAAACCACCGACAGUCUACGACGACGCCCACAGCGUGCUUGGAUCAUCCUCCACGCUGUACACGAAGAAGCUCAAAGGCUGUUUCGUGCAGCCACAUCUCGUCACCCGAUACAGUGCCCCAAUGUCGCUCGUUCUUCUCGCUGAUGUCCUAAAGCAGAAUUGA